AUGCCUCUCGUUGUUCCUGGAGUUACCGCCGACAACAUGGGUGGUGACAAGACCCAAGAGUGGAUGAACAAGCUUGCCGGAAAGAAGCUGUCAGAGGAGCCGACAUCCGAGACGACCUUCUGCAAGACGGAGCUGCCCAAAGAGACGCGUGUCAUUGAGCCCGGGAUGAUGGUGACCAAGGACUUCAAGGAAGAUAGACUGAACGUCCAUGUCAAUGAGGAUGGGACCGUCUCGCAUGUCACUCACGGUUAA